AUGCGCUCCGUCGCGGCGGGCGACCGACCUGCGCCGCAGCGCCCCAACAUCGUCCCGAGCGGCGACGCGUCGUCCGAGGACGACGAGGACGCCGCCACGUCGGCUCUGCAAGAGUUCCCCGACGCGACGUUCGCCAACCGCCGUCCGCCGACGCUGCGCAACCGUCGCCCGAUCCUCGCGUCGCAGUUCUCGGCGUGGGCCGUGCGAGGCUCGCGCGUCGUCACGGCGCACCACCGCCUGCACAUCUGGCGCACGUCGGCGAGUGCCGCGACGAGCGAUUCGUUCCCGAUCGCCGGCGACCAGCAGAAGUUCCUCGCCGUCGAGUUCCGCCCCGCCGACGCCGACUCGCCCGAGGACGACGGGCGGUACAUCUGGUGCGGCACCAAGGACGGCACCCUGUACGAGGUCGACGUCGACAACCUCGUCGUGACGGCGACUCGCGGCAACGUGCACGCGCACCCGGUGUGCUGGAUCCUCCGCAUCGGCCGAGCGAUGCUCACGCUCGACGAGGGCGGCAAGUGCGUCCUGUGGGGCGACAGCUCGGGCGACCGAGCGCCGCAGCUCGCGACCACGACCGAGUCGCGGCAGCAGCGCGUGCCCGACAAGCAGACGUUCGCCGCUUUCGUCGGCGCCGAGCUGUGGACCUCGAGCGGGCCGACGACCAAGCCGGGCUCGACGGCCGUCGCCAUGCGCAGCCCGCAGAUCCGCGUCUUCGACCCGUCGUGCUCUCGCGGCGCCGGCGCCUUCUCGCUCCUCGCGCGCCCGCUCGUCACGCCCGAGUCGGCCGGGCAGAUCGGCGCCGUCACGGCGAGCGCCAUCGUCCCGGCGCUCGAGCACCUCGUCUACCUCGCGCAUGACAACGGCUUCGUCAGCGUGUGGGACCGCACGACGUACGCGUGCGUCGCCGUGCAGCGCGUGUCGCCGUACGCCGUCUCGGCCCUCGUCGGCGUCCGGCGGUUCCUGUGGGCCGGCUUCCGCACGGGCUACGUGUGCGUGUACGACGUGUCGUCCGAGCCGUGGGUCGUCGUCAAGGCGUGGAAGGCGCACAAGGACCCGGUCAUCCGCCUCACGGUCGACCCGGCGUCGCUGUGGAAGGACGAGACGCUUCAAGUUGCGAGUGCUACGGGCGACAACGUGUCCCUGUGGGACGGCUUCUUGCGCGAGGACUGGAUCGACGCCGAGCUCCACCUUCGACAGCCCGACUUCUGCAGCUUCCGGUCGGUGCGCGCCCUGUGCAUCUCGUGGAACAUCGACGCCUCGCGACCGGGCGACCUGCACGGCACGGUCGACAACCUCGAGUUCUUGCGCAACGCCCUCACGAGCGUCGACAACCCCGACAUCAUCUCGAUCGGCUUCCAGGAGGUCAUCGACCUCGAGGACAAGAAGCUCACAGCCAAGUCGAUGCUCAUGGGCAAGAAGAAGGCGAUGGACGGCAAGAUGUCGGACAGCAUCUCGUCGGGCUACCGUCAGUGGCACGACAAGCUCGUCCAGGCCGUCCGGCUCAACAUGCCGCCCGAGUCGCCUUACACGGUCGUGCACGUCGCCGACAUGAUUGGCCUGUUCUCGAUCGUGUUCGUCAAGAGCAGCGAGGUUCCUCGUCUGCGCGACGUCGCGCACAUCACGGUCAAGACGGGCAUGGGCGGUCGCUACGGCAACAAGGGAGCGAUCUUGUCUCGAUUCGUCAUGGACGACACGUCGCUGUGCUUUAUCAACUGUCACCUCGCCGCCGGCCAGUCGCACCGUCGACAGCGCGACCGCGACCUCGUCGACAUCCUCGAGGACAAGGCGUCGUUCUCGGAACUCGCGUCGUCGUCGCCGGGCGCCUACGCCCCGGGAGGGUCCGGCACCCUCCCCUUCGACCACGAGCUCAUCCUCCUCGCCGGCGACCUCAACUAUCGUAUUGACGCUCGCCGCGACGCCGUCGUCUCGGCCGUCGCGAGCGGCCAGAGCGAGUCGCUCCUCGCUCACGACCAGCUCCUCAAGAACCUCGCGACCAACCAGACCUUCCGGCUACGCUCGUUCAAGGAGCCGGCAAUCCACUUCCCGCCGACCUACAAGUACGAUCGAGGGACGGACCAGUACGACUCGAGCUCGAAGCGCCGCAUCCCGGCGUGGUGCGACCGCGUCCUGUACCGCGCCGACCGCGCCGACAAGGUGACGCCGCUGCACUACCAGCGCUACGAGGUCAACGUGUCCGACCACCGCCCCAUCUCGGCCGCUUUCGACCUCCAGGUCAAGCACAUCAACUCGGACAAGCGCGCCGCCGUCUGGAGCGAGGUCGAGCGCGCGUGGUUCUCGGUCGAGAGCGAGAUCAUCGACGAGGCGAGGAGGUGGUACGCCGACAAGUGA